AUGGCCUUCCCCUCUUGUCAUAGUUUCAUGUUCCAAACCCAUGAAGAUCCAGACCUCCACCUUGCUAAUUCCUCCUCCCUCAACAACCUUCCCUCUUGCCCACCUCAGCACUUCCAUGGUGGUGGAGUGCCUUUUAUGAUGAAGAGAUCACUGUCAUUUUCAGGUGUUGAGAACAAUAAGUGCCAUCAUCAUGAAGAAGUAGGACUGCAUGGAGGAGGAGAGGAUGAUUUGUCUGAUGAUGGAUCCCAGAUUGGUGAGAAGAAGAAAAGGCUGAAUCUUGAGCAGGUUAAGACUCUUGAGAAGAGCUUUGAGAUGGGGAACAAGCUUGAGCCUGAGAGAAAAAUGCAGCUGGCGAAGGCUCUUGGUCUGCAGCCAAGACAGAUUGCCAUAUGGUUUCAGAACAGGAGGGCCAGGUGGAAGACCAAGCAAUUGGAGAAAGACUAUGAUGUCUUGAAGAAAAAGUUUGAUGCACUUAAGGCUGACAAUGAUGUUCUUCAGGAUCACAAUAACAAGCUUCAGGCUGAGUUAUUGUCUAUGAAAAGCAAGGAUUCAAAUGAAGCUGGGCUUAAUAAUAUUAAUAAUCUCAAGAAAGAAACUGAUCAGGGUUCUUGGAGCAAUGGAAGUGAGAACAGUUCAGAUCAUCAUCAUCAUCAUCUCAACCUAGACAUUUCUAGAACACCAGCAACAACCAACAGCUCACCAUCUAAUUCCCAGCAGACAAAUGGAAAAAACCUCUUCCCAUCCUCCCUCAGGCCUACAAGCAUAACCCAACUCCUCCAAGGGUCAUCAAGAUCAGAUCUUCAGUGCCUCAAAGUUGAUCAAAUGAUUCAAGAUGAAAGCUUGUGCAGCAUGUUCAAUGGAAUUGAUCAAGAGCAGCAGCAAGGCUAUUGGCCAUGGCCUGAGCAGCACCAUUUUCAUUAA